AUGCAUAUUCCAGGCCUCCAUCACGAACACCACCACAAUUCUAGUGAGCAACAAGUUCCGGAAACAGUUAUUAUUACCGGAGGAAGUGGUUAUAUUGGUCAACAUAUAAUUGGUGAAUUGUUGAAGCAAGGCUAUAAAGUUGUCGCAAUUGUCAGGUCUCAAAUCGACGGAACAAACCUUAUUGAGCUGUUUGAUUCGCCAUUACUUUCCAUUGAUGUUGUUGACCAAUUGGAGAAACCCAAUUCAAUUGAUUUUGUAUUGAAACAACACAAAGAAGCAACCGUAUUUAUUGCUACUGCCGCUGUGGUCAAGUUCGAUGCCCAGGAUCAGAAAAAAGAAGUAAUGGACCCAAGUCUUGCUAUUAUUGAAAAUACAUUGACUUCAAUUAAGCACCAUGGUGAGCAAAUUAAACGAGUGAUUUUGACUUCUUCGCUGUCUGCCAUGGUUGGUCCAGAUAAGGUAUACAGCUAUAAUGCGGAGUAUUCUGAUAAUGAUUGGUCCCCACUAGAUAUUGAGCAAGGUAAAACAAGUGGAGUCAUGGCUUACUUCACAUCGAAGAAAUUAAAUGAAAAAUUUGCUUGGAAUUUCAUUAAACAAGAAGAGCCUCAUUUCGACUUGGUUUCAUUGAACCCCGCAUUAUGUCUUGGUCCUACUUUCUUUGCUAAUAAAAUAAGCAUUGAUAGACUUCCGGCAUCUAAUAUGUUUAUUUCAAGUUUGUUAAAGUUACAAAAGGAUAGCCCUGUACCUGAAUUUGCAAGUGGUGCCAUUGAUGUAAGAGAUGUAGCUAAAGCACAUGUUUCAGUUAUCAAGAACCCCAAAGCUUCUAACCAAAGAAUCUUAUUGGAAGCAUACAAGGCAACUAAUCCAAAUAUCAUACACUACAUCAGAGAGAAUUUUCCUCAAUACAAGGACAAAUUGCCAGAUUCUGAUCCAAUUCCAGAAUCUGCUUUCAAAAUGCCAAACGAUAAAAAAAGUAGGGAGAUUUUAGGAAUUGAAAAUUACGAAUAUACAUUGGAGCAAUCUGUGGUUGAUUUGGUGAAACAAACCAUUGAAUAA